AUGCUACUGGGUUUCUCCUCCAGCAGCAGAACCUCAUCCAGGGCAGAGGAUGAGAAUGAAGAUGUGGAAGUCCUGAAUUCCGAGUAUGGAAAGAACGUGAUUAAACUCCUUCGCAUUAGAAGAGAUGACAAGAAACACUUCAUUAAAGAAGUGGAAGCUUGUGUACAUAUUAGACUGGAUUCUGUCAAUGAGUACUUGCAUGGAGAAAAUUCUGCUGUUAUCCCUACUGACACCAUGAAGAACAUCGUCUUAGCUUUGGCAAAAUGCAAAGGGAUCCAAACUAUAGAACAAUUUGCCCUGGAUAUCUGCAAUCACUUCAUUUCCUCAUAUUGUCAUGUGGUGUACGUCAAGGCCUAUGUUCAAGAGGUACCAUGGCGGCGUCUAGAAAAGAAUGGAAUUCCCCAUGUCCAUUCCUUUAUCUGUGUUCCUGAAGGAAUUCGCUUUUGUGAAGCCGAACAGUGUCAGAAUGGUUGUCCACUUGUUCUCUCUGGAAUUAAAGAGCUGAAACUUAAGAAAACAACACAGUCUGGAUUUCAAGGCUUUCACAGGGACAAAUACACCACGAUUCCUGACCGGACCGACAGGGUUUUAAGUGCAGAACUAUUCUGCAAGUGGUCCUAUGGCGAGUGUCAAGAUAUUGACUUUGACUGCGUAUGGGACACUGUUCACGAGAGUGUCCUUGAGGCAUUUUCUGGGCCACCUGACUGUGGGGAAUACUCACCCUCUCACCAGAAGACUGUCAACAAUAUUCAGAUGCUCACCCUGGCGAGAAUUCCACAGAUACAGGAGAUUGAAGUCACCUUGAACAACAUUUAUUAUGAUGACAUAGACCUGAAGAAAUUUGGAUUGACCAAUGAGAAGGAGGUUCUGAUCCCAGUGGAGAUUCCCUAUGCUUCUUAUACAUGCACUCUUGGUAGGAAGAAGUGCUUAAGAGAGCAAGCCUAA